CUUACACUGUAUACCUGCAAUAAUAUAUAAAUUAAUUAAAAGAAUAAUGCUUAUACGAGCCGCCAAGAACAGACACACAAAGCUGAUUAACCUCACUAAUCUCCUUUUAACCCUAAAUAAAAUUGAUUAAUUUAAUCAAACUCACCAAACCCAUUUCAAUUUCAUCGUAGAUGACGGGGUUGGUGAAAUAGAAACCCCCAUAUAUAUAUCUCUCUCUCACCUCUUUAGAUCUCAUUCAGAUCAAAAACACACACACACAAAACCCACCAACUUCCUUCUAUGGCUUCCAUUUCCAAUCUUUCUUCUCCGAUCACACCUCUUAAGUCGUCGCCGGUGCUUCCACCACCACCAACCACCGCCGUCUAUCUGGGUUUUCCGGCAAGACUCAACCUUUCUUCCUCCAAGUUGUCCGUUCGAUCCACUGUCCCUCUAGCUGCCUCUUUGCUUGUGAAAUGUAGCCAAAAUGGUGGAAAUGGAAGCCAUGUUAAGAGAACAACUCUUCAUGAUCUUUACGAGAAGCAAGGACAGAGUCCGUGGUACGAUAACCUCUGCCGACCUGUUACCGAUCUUAUUCCGCUGAUCGAAAGUGGUGUGAGAGGCGUUACAAGCAACCCCGCGAUUUUUCAAAAGGCAAUAUCAACAUCAAAUGCUUACAAUGAUCAAUUCAGGGAACUUGUACAAGGGGGGAAAGACAUCGAAAGUGCGUAUUGGGAACUUGUAGUAAAAGAUAUCCAAGAUGCUUGCAGGCUCUUUGAGCCGAUUUACGAUGAAACCGAUGGCGGUGAUGGUUAUGUUUCUGUUGAGGUUUCACCUCGGCUUGCUGAUGAUACUCAAGGGACCGUUGAUGCUGCAAAAUGGUUGCAUAAAGUGGUUGACCGUCCCAAUGUUUACAUCAAGAUUCCCGCAACUGCUGCUUGCGUUCCUUCAGUUAGAGAUGUCAUUUCUUUGGGAAUAAGCGUUAAUGUAACUCUCAUAUUUUCACUAUCACGAUACGAGGCAGUUAUUGACGCUUAUUUGGACGGAUUGGAGGCUUCAGGUCUUGACGACUUAUCUAGGGUUACAAGCGUUGCUUCUUUCUUUGUUAGUCGAGUAGACACACUUGUCGACAAAAUGCUUGAAAAAAUCGGAACCCCAGAGGCCCUCAAUCUUCGAGGAAAGGCUGCAAAUGCUCAAGCGGCUCUAGCCUUCCAACUUUACCAAAAGAAAUUCUCGGGCCCACGAUGGGAGGCCCUUGUGAAGAAAGGAGCUAAGAAGCAACGGUUGCUAUGGGCCUCAACCAGUGUUAAGAACCCGGCCUAUCCCGACACCCUAUAUGUGGCCCCACUUGUUGGGCCAGACACGGUGUCAACUAUGCCCGAUCAAGCUCUGCAAGCAUUCAUCGACCAUGGUACAGUUGGAAGGACCAUCGAUGCGAAUGUAUCAGAGGCUGAAGGAAUUUACAACGCUUUGGAGAAAUUGGGGAUCGAUUGGAGCUACGUUGGUAACCAGUUGGAACUUGAAGGAGUAGAUUCGUUCAAGAAAAGCUUUGACAGCCUGCUUGAUAGUCUGCAAGAGAAGGCUAAUUCGCUGAAACUAGUCAACCUGUAGACCUUCUUAAUAUGUGUUUCCAGUGUUUGUUUGGCAUCAACAGACUUAAAAGAUAAUAAAGAAUGGUUGUGUAAGUGAUUGAAAGAUUGUGUAAUGGGAGUUGUUAAAGUGAAAUGAUGAUGAGUGGUUGGUUUUGGGUUUUA